CACUAGUCUGGUGCGGCCUGAGGAAAUUUCCUCUUACACGCCCUCUGCGGCAGGCUCCUGUUUCUCCACCUACUUUCUCCAUUUUACUAGUCCCUGCAGUAUUCCACAGGACUGUUGUUUGGAGAAAGUAUCAUGGAAGUUCUGCGUCCACAGCUUAUAAGAAUUGGUGGACGGGUUUACAGGAAGAAUCCCAUCCAAGAGCAGACUUAUCAACAUGAAGACGAAGAUGAUGACUGUUAUCAAGGUCUCGUGGAGUGUGCAGAAGAGUCCUGUGAAGCCUAUGAGGUGGUGCAGACCCCGCAAGGUUUCCGGUGUACUGUGAAGGCCCCCAGCCUGCUCUACAAGCAUAUAGUUGGAAAGAGGGGCGACACUAGGAAGAAACUAGAAGUGGAGACCAAAACUUCCAUAAGCAUUCCUAAGCCUGGACAAGAAGGAGAAAUUGUGAUCACUGGCCAGCAUCGAAGUGGUGUAAUUUCAGCCCGAACUCGGAUUGAUGUUCUUUUGCUCACUUUUAGAAGAAAGCAGCCCUUCACUCACUUCCUUGCCUUUUUCCUCAAUGAAGCUGAGGUUCAGGAGCGAUUUCUGAAGUUCCAGGAGGAAGUACUGGAGAAGUGCUCCAUGGAUCACGGGGUUGAUAGCACCAUUUUCCAGAAUCCUAAAAAGCUUCACCUAACUAUUGGGAUGUUGGUGCUUUUGAGUGAGCAUGAGAUCCAGCAGACAUGUGAGAUGCUACAGCAGUGUAAAGAGGAAUUCAUUGAUGACAUUUCUGGGGGCAAACCCCUGGAAGUAGAGAUGGCAGGGAUAGAAUACAUGAAUGAUGAUCCUGGCAUGGUGGAUGUUCUUUACGCCAAAGUCCAUAUGAAAGAUGGCUCCAACAGGCUGCAGGAAUUGGUCGAUCGAGUACUGGAACGUUUUCAGGCAUCUGGACUAAUAGUGAAAGAGUGGAAUAGUGUGAAACUCCAUGCUACAGUCAUGAAUACUCUAUUCAGGAAAGACCCCAAUGCUGAAGGCAGGUACAACCUCUACACAACAGAUGGCAAAUAUAUCUUCAAGGAAAGAGAAUCAUUUGAUGGCCGAAACAUUUUGAAGCUAUUUGAGAACUUCUGCUUUGGUACCCUAAAGCUCAAUUCAAUUCACAUCUCUCAGAGGUUCACAGUAGACAGCUUUGGAAACUAUGCCUCCUGUGGACAAAUUGACUUCUCCUGAGGUGGAUCUUGGGAAACACUGGAAAUUAAACAUCCUCACAAGGGCAGCAGCAGUCAAAGCAAUGGUGAUACCAUCAGGACUAUGCAGAGUUCCCUGGGAGAGUGUCAGCCACAGAAGGCACUCACUCCUUCCUUGGUGCAGACCAGCAAAGGGAGGGAGCUCCCAGCACAGGUUUGCCCCACCCAUCAGUCCUGCCACACUCUCUGCUGUGGAGCUCCAGGCUCACUGUUGUUACCUCUCAUCUCUACCCCCUCACAGCCUUUCUCCCUCCAUGGCCUCUCUCUUUCCUUCAUUCCUUAGUCUUAAUCUUGAUUCUUACUUUCUGUUUGAGAAGUAUGAUUCUGAAUCCCGUGUAUUAAUAAGGCCAUGACAUGGUAAGGGCUGUGUAUAACACUCAAAGAUCUGUUAUCAAUGUGACUGUACAGAUCAUUUGUGAAUAAAUGAAUUUCUAAAG